UUUUAUAUUUACAAAUACAAUAGUUAAAACUUUUACAAUAGUUAAAAGUAUUAAGGUUCAUCACACAUCAUGGACAAUCUUGAUAAUAUUGUAGAAUUAAUAUUAAAAACUUUAGAUGAGUGCCGGCCGUCGAAUAAUGAUGCCAUGAUUCGAAGAAUUGCAGCUCGUUGCCAAUUGCCUAUUGAGGUGGUGCAUAAUGUUCUUCUUGGGCCUUUGGUAGCUUUAGAAAAAGAAAAGAAAGAGCCACCCAAAGACGAUUUUAUGGUUUACGUGAAGAAAUCGAGCGACAGUGGAAGUGACUUCUACCAAUUGGUAAACGAUGAGUUACUUGAACCGGAUGAGGAAGAAGAUGAUGAAAGUAAGCGUAAGAAGAAAGCUAAAAAAAGUACUGAAUCGGUCCCCGAAAAACGCUGCAAAAGAUGCGAAGCCGCUAAAAAACACCGAUAACCAAAACCAAUAGCUAACAUCAGGAUUUAUAUACGCAAAGGUUAAAAUUUAAUUAACAACGUAGCAACUGACCACCUUUGCAUAACAAAAGCGAUUUAAUAAUUGAAAAGGUCGGAAAGAUAUUUUUACAAUGAAAGUAUCAUCUAUUUUUAAAAAGGCUUCAAACACAUCAUCAUGGAGAUCUAAAAGUGAGUAGUGUCAAAACUAACAAUUUAUAUAAGCAGCGUUUGAUUGUUGUUUAAAAACAUUCUCAGAUGAAGCAGUAGUAAAGCUCUUAAGUGCAAACAAAAACGAGUAAUCGAAUUUAAUGGUUAGUUAUGAAGCCGUAUAACAUCUAAAGAAUAACUAACUUAAUAAAAAAUAUUGGCCGAAUGCAGAUCAAAAUUUACAGGACAACCUAUGAUGCAGUCCAUUUACUGAAGUUAGAUCAGGUGAUUGUUAAUACACGUAUCACUUUGUAAACUCAAUGAGAACAUCGAAGAAUCUGCUAUGGAUACUGCAUUGAAGUUUGUAUAGUGCGUAUCUAUGGGAUAAGUAUCCAUCAUGAUCCACAUCCUUAAUGUCUACACUGCAAAAUGGACUAUGAGAACAUUUUUCUCAUAUACGAGACAUAUAUAUUCUGUAGAUAAAGACCACGUGUGUAAUAUUGAAUGUUCCACAUGUUUUUCCAUAUCCAUAUAGAGUGUCACAUUUACUUUAAUAAUCUAUCGACAAAGCUAAUAUAUUAAUAAAAUUCCAAGAACUAAUUUAACACGGCACUCAUGGAAUUAAUUUAUCAAGUAAAACACGGCACCCAUGUAAUUAAUUUAAUGAAAACUUUUCCAUAUGAACAUUACAUUAAACGAAGAUAUUGGCAUACUAAUCAGUAUUGUGUCCCCAAAACAAGUAGGUGUCCAACUAAGUAAUCCGAAUUGAACCUUUGAAAUCCAUAACCAAUAAUAAGGCAUUCUUUUUGAAUUCAAAUUAAGUUCUUCAAAUCGAAUUAUGGGCUACGGACC